AGUAUGGCCCUGGAUCCAAGGAGAGGUGCCAGGAGCUAAUGGCUUAUGGUAAAGAGGGUGCCACCUUGCAUCCUACUCCUGGCAGGAAGGUCCAGAAACAGGCCCAUCACCUUCACACUGACCGCUUCACUGAACUGGUGGGUGAGAUGGAGGAACGUGUGCGGUGGCUAGAGGCCAUGGAAGCAGUUGGGGCUGGAGAUAAGUACCGACAUCUCAUAACAACUCAGCUCGCUCUCAAGCUGCGGGAUCUGGAACUUAUUGACCAGGAACGUGCUAGGGAUCUUGGUAGAGCCAUAAGACAAAAAAUGGCAACUUAUAAAGCACAAGAAUAAUAUUCAUUCACUGAAAAGAUUGCCCUGUACCUAUGCUCUGAAAAUUAAACUUGUUGACAGUAACAUUUACAUAAACCCCAUUCAAAAGAUUUGACAUUGAAUUUAUUUCCUAGUAGCAUGACAUUGAAUCUAUUUCCUAGUAGCAUGACAUUGAAUCUAUUUCCUAGUAGCAUGACAUGAUUUCAUUAGUCAAUAAGACCAUUUAGUAAUACAGUACUGAAUGUAGGGCUUCAGACAUGAUGAACAUUUCUCACAAUAAACUGUUUGACCUUAAGCUCUGAAGCUUAGGAACUAUAAUUUUAUCUAAAACUCUGUAGAUUUGGAACUAAGUAUGAGAUGAGUGUAGGUUAAUAUUACACAAGCAAGUAAACAAUAGAUAAUGGAUUGUAAUCACUAAGUUGUAAAUUGCAGAAAAACAGAUGUGAUAGUUUAUCAACACAACUACUCUAGUAGGUAACUUGAAGGUACAGUAAUAUGUGGUAUUUAUAUUUUGUUCAAAUUUCAGCUUUAUUGUAGAACUUCAUUACAAUAUCAUCUGUAAAAAUUAAAUAAAUUAAUUUACUGUACUGCAUGAUCAUAUCAAACUUUUCUGAGUACUGUACCUGAGACCCAUUCUAAACUAAAUGAGGUGCUGAAGCCACACAUGACUUGAGUUUGAGGACCUUUGCAGAUUAUCCACUUUUGUGGUAAUAAGAUCCCUACUCACAUUCAUCAAUCAUACUUAAGUACACAAGUUUUAUUAUCUGCAACCAACAAAUGGGUCCUAAAAUUUGUGUUAUCUUGCUAUUUUAGUACUAACACUACUGUACAAUUUAUAUUUUCAUGUAGAUAUUAAUCACUAAUAAUAUCAUUUGCCUGUAAUUAAUAUGUUCACUUGUUAACUGCCUCUCAGCUUCCAGGCUAUAAAGUAGCCAGAGAGCAGAUUAUGUAUCUUCAAGCCUGGGAGGCUGCAACUAAUACAGGUAUGACAUGCAACCAGACAACACCAGCAUAAGGCUAAGAUAUUAAUCCAAAGUGUGAAUACAGUACAUUAUACAGUACAGGAAAGGAUGAGAAAAUAAACAGACUUUGACUUUAAUACAAGACUUGUGAAUUUAUUGUACUGCACUGUACUGGGGUAUGUUAAAAUAAGUUUCUUUGAUGUAUAAUCUUUUGUAUGUUCUAUAAACUUUAAUUGAUAA